UCAAGAGAAAGGGAUGUAAUCAAUAUGGCCGACGACUGGUUACUUUAACGAUGAUGUUGAAUCGUUAAGGAUUUUCACGUUUAAAUAUGAUUAGGAAGGGAUUAAUGAGUCCUAAAAAUAUUUUGAUACUGAGCUUCGUACUUUCUCUUCUUGGAUUUUUAUGGUUUACAAAUCAAUGCCUUCAAGACUCUGGUAGGUCAAGGGAUGAUGUGGUAAGGAUAAGCCAAAUGCUUAAAAAACUGGAAAAGAGAGAGCUCUCAUUACAAGAAAGAGAAGAAGAGAUCAUUAAGAAACUUAAGAUCCUAGGGAUAAGAAAAAUCAACAGUCUGUUUGAAGAAGGCUUUGAUGAAAUGCCAACUAUUUAUUUUAUCACUCCUACCUAUAAAAGACAUACACAAAAGGCUGACCUAACAAGACUGUCGCAAACACUGUUACAUGUCCCUAAACUUCACUGGAUAGUAGUAGAAGAUUCUGACAAGAAAACAGAUCUUGUCUCACAUUUCUUGGAAUCCUGUGGUGUUAGUUACACACAUUUUGCAGUCAGAACUCCAAAGCAGCUCAUAACUAAAGAAGGAGACCCAAGGUGGUUAAAAGCCAGAGGUGUAGAACAGAGGAAUUUGGGCCUUAGAUGGAUAAGACAAAAUUUAAAGGAUGAUAUGAAAGGUGUUGUAUAUUUUGGAGAUGAUGAUAACACUUACGAUUUGAGAAUAUUUGAACAGAUGCGAUACACAAAGAAAAUAUCAGUUUGGCCUGUAGGCUUAGUGGGUGGUUUAAAGUGGGAAGGACCAAUUUGCAAAGAUGGAUCUGUUGUCAGAUUUUACACAAUGUGGGAGCCAGGACGUCCAAUGCCUGUCGACAUGGCAGGGUUUGCUAUAAAUGUCAAACUGAUUAUGGAUAAUCCUGAAGUGGAAAUGGACCCGAUGGCCAAGAGGGGCUAUUUGGAGUCUUCUGUUGUUGGCAGAUUGGCAGCAAGGGAAGAUUUUGAGCCAUUGGCUAAUGAUUGUAAACAGAUACUGGUGUGGCACACGCAAACAGCUGAGCCGAAAAUGAAACAAGAAGAUAAAUUGAAAAGAAUGGGACGUGAGUCUGAUCCAUCCAUGGAAGUCUAAACAUUGGUUAUCCGCCAACUAUGCUGUUUUUCUAUCAAAGUUUUAUUAAACUACUUGUGGAACAAUUGGACCAUAUCUUUGUUCUCUUAGCACUAUGAAUUGAACGAGCUCUAAUCUAAAUUUUAAACUAAAAUGGCAAGAUAAAUAUUUGAAAUUAA